GGUUUAUAGGGUGGGAUUUACUCUCAUUGUUGGCAGUGGAGACAGACAGACAGUGUGACUGAGGCUCAACUGUGAUGAGUUUAAGCAUCAGAAUCAUCAGCUGUUGAUACAGCCGGUGUGUGUGAACGACAGAGAGAGAGAGAGUGAGAGUGAGAGAGAGAGAAGAGAAGAAGAGGAAGAGACAGAGCGAGACGCUGAAAGGAUACGACUAUGCUGUGCUGUAUCAGAAGAACUAAGCCGGUUGAGAAGAAUGAAGAAGCCGAUCAGGAGAUCAAGCAGGAUGGAGCCAAACCGGAGGAAAACGCCCACAAGGCCGCCACCAAGAUCCAGGCCAGCUUCCGCGGACACAUCACCCGGAAAAAAAUGAAAGACGGAGAGAAAGACGAGGACAACGGCGCCGCUCCGGACGAGUCUACCGAAACCACAGAGGAGAAGAAGGAGCGAGUGUCUCCAUCUGAGGAGAAGCCGGCCGAGGUGUCCACAGAAACAGCCGAGGAGAGCAAGGAAGCCGAGCAGCCUGCAUCGGCCGAAGCCCCGCCCUCCUCAGCAGCUGACCCCACCCCCUCAGACACGCCCACUAAAGAGGAGGAGCAGCUGAAGGAAGCGGUCGAGCCUAAAGAGGCGGAGAGCGCGGCGAGCACCGACGAUGCCGACGCACAGAAGCAGGAGGAAGCCAAACAAGCCCAUGUGCCUGAAGCCGCCGACAGCCAGGAAACAGACCAAAUAGACAAAAAAGAGGCCGUGGAAGACUCUAAACCAGCAGAGGAGUCCGGCAAAGAGGACAACGUUUAACACUCGACCAGAGAAAUGUAAAGCAUUAAUGAUUGACAGGCUGCUCUUCACCCUGAUGAUGAUGAUGAUGAAGGCAGUCUGCUUUUAUGUUUGUCCUCUUUUCUGGCGUGGCAAAGAUUUUCUGACAUUUGGAGGGAGUUUUCCGAUGCUGACGUCAGCGAAGGACACAAACCUUGAGCUCUUCUUCUUCUUCUUCUUCUCCUUCUUCUUCUCUUUCUCCUUCUUCUGUCCAUCGUCUGCAUCGCAUGAGAAUCCUUCCUCCAGAGACCAGAACCUUCACAACUAAUACAUGUGGCUUCUUUUCAUGUCUGUGGUGUUAUAUGACCGUUUAAUUGGAGAUUAUUGCUGCACUGAUGUUAUAAAUUGAGAAAAUCCAACAAAAAAGAAAAAGCGCCCGCCUUUCUUGUUCAAGUGAGUUUGAAUAUAAGGAGUAAAAUCGUGGAAAAUGGUUUCAUGUCUGUUUUCAAAAUAAAGAAAUGUGCCAAUUACGUCCA